AUGGCUGCUGCAAUCAGUUUGAAGGCAUCAGUUGGGCUGGGCCUUUGUGUCAGGCCUUUGGCAGGGAGUUGGGCAUCUCCUGUGACCCUGUGUCGUGCAUUAGCCCUGUCUCCUCUUGUUGCUCAUGUGCAAAGUGCUGGGAUUGCAGGGAAGAACAUCAGAGACAAAUCCAUCAAGAAACCAGCUCCAUUCCCUUAUCGAACAAAGAAAUACCGUGCAUGGCAUGCUUUCUGGGAUAUGACUACUGAGCGCUUUGAUGAAAACACAAAGCUGGUUGUUGUUGAGGGAAAUGUUGCUGCUGGGAAGGCAAAUGUUGCCAAGGCACUUGCUGAAGAGCUUGAGAUGCUGUAUGUUCCUGCAGCUCAUAUGGACAUGGUUUAUAUCAAUACUGCAGGGUUUGAUACCAAGCAGCUUGAUCCUGCACUUCCCCCAGAUACAAGAAGCUUCACUGUGGCUGAUUUCAACAAAAAUCCACAUCAUAAGCAUGCGUUCUUCCUUCAGCAUAGUCAAGGAGUCGUGAUGGAUCGAUGUGUCUACAGUGAUUACAUUUUCCUGGAGGCCAUGCAUAAGUUUGGAUAUGUGACCAAAGCUGCCAAGAACUACUACUACGAGGUGAAGAAGAACACAAUGAUGGACCUGAUGCAGCCACAUCUUGUCAUCUACCUGGAUGUCCCUGUGCCAGAAAUACAGAAGAGGAUUCAGAAGAGAAAUAUCCCAGAUGAGGUGCAGUCCAAGGUCCUUACUCCUGAGUAUCUCUCAACUAUUGAGAAUCUAUACAAACAUGACUAUCUAAAGAACAUGAGCAAUCAUGCACAUGUCCUCAUUUAUGACUGGUCUGGGUAUGGAGAUCCAGAGUACAUUGUUGAGGACAUCGAGCGACUUGACUUUGAGAAACACGAGAAGGACCAUCAUGACCCAAAGAUGCAGGAUUGGUGGCUCCCCAAUGAAGAUGAAUGGGCAGAAAAAAGAUAUUUGUUCACCAGAAAUAAGUGGAAACUGAUGUCAUACUUCAAUAUCCCACCAUUUGGUGUCCCUGAGCUGAUGAUCGAUGGCAUGGUUUACAAUGAUUAUGAGAACAUCUGGUCUGAGGCUCCUGGGAAUAAGUAUCAACCUGGAUAUGAUAAGCGUCUUGGAGUAUCUGGUUUACUAUUUAAAACCAAGAACUUCCUUAGGGAGUAUGCCACACCGGUUCCUUUCAAGGAAUGGUGGAUCCCUGAGAAGUAAGAUUUGUCUAUGAACAGUUUGAGUCAUUGAGAUAUUGUGUCUUUGAAUAGUGAAUGUAGAAGUUAUCUGAAUGAAAAUCAAUGUUUUGCAG